AUGGACCGAAGUCAUCAACAACAAGAGGCAACAUCUGGUUCUCCUGAAGACUCUGUUUAUUCUGGUUAUUCUUCUCCAAAUCCUAUAAGACAAGAAAAUUCUUUUUCAGCAGGAACGUCUCAAUACCCUACAUAUCAGUCUUUUUCACCUUAUAUUCCUCAAGUGGUUCAAUUUCCUCCAACACCACAACAACCUCAAUUUCCUAAUACAUCUCAACCUCAAUUUACUGAUCAAGCUUAUACUCCUUUACAUCGUAGAAAGAGAAAAUUUCAAAACAUUACAUAUGAAAAAUUACUUUCAGAAGAGGAUUUAGCUUCAAUGACAGUUGAAGAAUUUGAAGAUUAUGUAAAUGAACUUAAAGAUCGAAGGACAAUAACUAAAACUGAAAAGGCUACACUAAAUAAAAUUAAAAGAAAACUAAAAAAUAAAGAAAGUGCUCGUAAAAGUAGACAGAAAAGUAAAGAAGCCUUUGUCAACCUUCAACAACAAUUAGAUGAAUUAAAAAAACAAUAUGAUGAUGUUCUACGAAUUAAUUGUCAAUUAAUUGAAAUAGCUGAUGGGUGUGAAAGGUGUAGGCAAAGAAUAAGACAAGUUCAACAACCACCAUUAGAUCCAGGACAAGCUAAUGCACAACCACCUCAUCAACAAUGUCAACCUAUGUUUCCACAUGCUUAG